AACCCCUGCGGUGUUUUCCCUGGCUGUGGUCCAGAUGCGUAGCACAUGCGCAGAUGCUAUCAGCACUGGACUUCCGUAGUCAGGCGAAACAUAUUACGCAAUGGUUUAGUGUCAAGAGUUAAUUCCCUUCAUCCCCGCGCAGACGCACAUGUUGACUAUUUACACUUCCGGCUUUUCGGUAAACAACGGGUUUUUGCUGUCGGAUGUACGUCCCUUUAUAAGGGAAAAACGAACAUGUUACUUCACCAUUAUCUUCGAUAUGGACGACUUUAUUCACUGGGACGAUUCCGAUUUGGAUUUAGACUUACUACUUGGCGAAUAUACAGAUUGUGACACUGAACGUCUGAGUGACGAGGAUUGCUUUGGCGGUGAUGACAUGUACUUUGACAGAUCUGAAGAUGACAAAGCUCCGUCGACCACCUCUCCUAAUCAUCACGGAAAAGAGAAUACAUCGCAAUAUGCUUGUCCACUUUGCAGUAAAACCUACCGGAGUAUCGGGGGCUUUCGUGGUCAUGUUUCCAAGAAACACAACAGAUCAGAUAUUAAAGCACAUGAACAUCGACUGGGCUCCACUGUCAAAAACACAGACAACCCCCCUUCAGCAGACAGGACGGAUACUCACAGUAAAGAGGAAAACACACCAGUUUUCUUGCCAACAGAUGUCGACAUGCGGGGUAUUCUUACAGAAGUCCUACCAAAGUCUUUGUCUACAAUAAUCCUUGAUCCUAUGAACGACGCCUCAUGUUCAUUGAAUGGCCCUCAUCUUGUUGCUGUUGCAAAAGAAUGCAGCGACAGACCAACUGUUCACAGAAAUCUGGUAUCAGUUCUGAACCCGGAAUUCCAUUCAGUUUUUGACAAGUUUGGAAAAGGUUGUUCCCUUUCGUCUGACAGAGAACAGUUAUGGAUGAAAUUUCAUCAGAUGCGACUUAAUGAAGGCUUACAGUCAGACAUUCACAACAUUUUGGUCGAAGUGACAAGUGAAUCACACAGGAUCAUCCACAUUUUUGCACAGUGCUUGUUGGAUCGCAUCUUGAGGAACAUGCUAAAGCACCUGUCAGAAUCCAUUCAAAAACAGUCGCAUCAAACAGCAUCAGCAAUCAGUGACAAUGACCAGGCAGUGUUGUACUAUAUAUCGGGAUACAUACUGCAUGCUCUAUUGAAGAAAAGGGCUAUCUUUGGAAUGGAUAUAGAGCAACACCUUGGAGAACUCUUCUUACUUUCUGAUGCAACUUCCAAAGAAGAGUACAUUGUCAGGUUUAGUAAGUGGACAGAGAAAAUGAACAGAGGGGGUCUAAAAUUCCCAAGUGACAAUUUCUAUCUACUCAUAAGGUCUUUUGAAAUUGAAAUUAGAAAGCAUGUUCAACUUUCUAAGUUGUGCGCCUCCUCUCUCUUAUGUGAUAAACUUAAAGAGACAGUAAUGUCAAGCUACAUGGUCUCCUACUACUGGGACAAAUUACUCUCUUGUGAGGAUGGCCUGAAGCUCAGAGUCUUGGAGUUCAUUGUGGACUUAUUUCUCCGUGUACGUGGAGGUGAUGUAGCUAAAUACUCAAAACGUCAGCUCCAGAAGGAAAUGAGGGGGAUUAAGAAUCGCAAAGGAGUAAAAAGGAGCAGAUCGCUCAGGGGAACAUUAAAGGAACAUGGGAACACAAACUAGAUUGUACUGUGAAAAUAUUAUGUAUUUACAAUAACUGUUGUAAAAUUAUUAAACCACCUGAUGCUGCAUCGCUGUACCACAAUUUAACUUUCAAUGUCAUGUUAUGCAUCAGUGAAUGAAUGAACAUGUGACCAUUUUAA